AUGGGCAGGGCGCCGUGCUGCGACAAGGCGAGCGUGAAGAAGGGCCCGUGGGCGGCGGAGGAGGACGUCGUGCUCAGGGCCUACGUCGCCGAGCACGGCACCGCCGGCAACUGGAUCGCGCUCCCCCGCAAGAUCGGGCUCAACAGGUGCGGCAAGAGCUGCCGGCUGCGGUGGCUCAACUACCUCCGCCCCAACAUACGGCACGGCGGCUUCACCGACGAGGAGGACCGGCUCAUAUGCAGCCUCUACGCCAGCAUCGGGAGCAGGUGGUCGACCAUCGCCGCGCAGCUGCCGGGGAGGACGGACAACGACGUCAAGAACUACUGGAACACCAAGCUCAAGAGGCGCCUGCUCGGCGGCGGCCGCCGCCCCAUCAGGUACGCGCAGCAGCCGCGCCUCCUCCUCAUGAGCCCCACGGGCGGCGCCGCCUCGACGGCGCUGGAGAGGAUGCAGCUAAGCGUGCAGCGGCGCCUCGUCGGCCUUCAAGACACCCCGGGGCUCCCCUUCUACGACAACCUCUGGCCAGCCCAGCAGUCUCUACUCUCUCCUGCCGCUGGUUACUCCGGGUUCUGGUCUCAUAUCCAAACUAGUACCUACCCGGGCCGCCUUAACGUGCAAGAUCAUCAGCACGCCUGGGGCAGCAGCGGCGGCGGCGGCACCACGCCGAUGUCCACGAGCCCCACCGGCGAGACAGCGGUGGGCGUAGGGAGCUCGAGCUCGACACCGGCAGCAAGCUCUGUGACUUUCGACGGCGACAUGGAGGACGAGAUCGAGAUGCUGCUCCAGCAGAUAGGGUGCUUGGAGGAGGAAGACAGCCGCCUGCUGAUCGGCAGCGAGGCGGGCAGCGCUGGUUCUUGGAGCUCCUGUUCCACUCCAGGAGUGGACUCAGUGUUCCAGGGCUAUGUACAAGGGCACGGGCAGUAG